AUGAAGAAUCUCGCGAUUCUUAUUGCCAUGAUUCUCUUCUCAUCAAGCUGUGUCACAUGUCUAGUCAUAGGACAACAAGAUUUUGAGUCCAAUCCAUCCUUAGGAACCGAAGAGCUCCAAUGGUGGCAUUACCACCAUUUCUACCCUUACUAUCACCCUAAGCCACAUUGGCCGUUCCCGGCCACCGGAGGAAAGGCACUCCCACCACUCCCUGCCGGUUUCCACCCAAUACCGUUCCAUCCUCCACCGGUUGUCACCAAGUGCUUGUCCGACUGCAAGGAUGUAAGGACAUGUUUUGCGGAUAUUGUUAAAGCUUUCUUUACCCGCAAACCGGCUAUUGGAUUGGAUUGUUGUGCCUCCAUCAAGAAGAUGGAUGACGAUUGCCAGAAGACUGUCUUUGGAGCGUUCCACAACCCUUUCUUUGACUGCUUGGUUAAGCUUCAUUGCUCCACCAAGGCUGCCUCCACUCCGUCUGCUCCUUCCCCAGCUUAG